AUACAUAACUUUGACCCAAAAUCUAACUUCUAUAUAUCUUUUUCUUUUGCUUGUUAUUACAAUGGCAGCCAAGAGUUCUCUAUAUAUACCAACUAAAAUCUCCCCCAAAACAUAAAACAUUAAGAAGAACAAAGAGGAGAAACAUAAAGUUUGAAACACAAGAUGAAGAGAUUUUGCCCCAAAGCUUCUUUUCUUUUGUUCAUUAUUACUCUUGUUUUAACAAGUUCUGUAUACUCGGAAGCUCAGAGUUGCCGCCCAAGCGGUAGAAUUGAAGGAAAAAAUGCUCCUCCAGGACAAUGUAAUCAAGAGAACGAUUCUGAUUGUUGUGUACAAGAAAAAAUGUACACAACUUAUGAAUGUUCUCCAGCAGUGUCUACUUACACCAAGGCAUAUCUCACUCUUAAUAGUUUUCAAAAUGGUGGUGAUGGAGGUGGCCCUUCAGAAUGUGAUAAUCAAUACCAUUCUGAUGACACUCCAGUUGUUGCACUUUCCACCGGAUGGUUCAACCACGAGAGCAGGUGUCUCAAAAACAUUACAAUUAGUGCGAAUGGGAAAAGUGUGGUGGCCAUGGUUGUUGAUGAGUGUGACUCCACAAAGGGAUGUGAUGAAGAACAUGAUUACCAACCUCCUUGUCCAAACAACAUUGUUGAUGCUUCCAAGGCUGUGUGGGAAGCUUUAGGUGUGCCUCAAGAUCAAUGGGGUGGCCUUGACAUUACAUGGUCAGAUGCUUGAUAUAGUAUGAGUUGAAAUCAAUGUUUGUGUCUGAUUUAAUUUAGUGGCGUUCUGUACUUUUAUUUCUCAUUUCUCAUUAUAUGUGUAUGAUAUACUUGUAGUUACCCUUCUGUUAUAAAUUAAGAAAAUCUCGUACAUACUUCUAUUUAUAAAGCUCAAUCCUAAACUUAAAUAUUUGCCUUGAUAACAAAAAAGUACUACGUUACUAAACACAGUUGGCAGAACAAGAAGCUUUAUCUACACUACACUGUCGCAUAAUGCAUAGGAGAUGUUAAUUUGUUUUUCUACGCCAUCACAUAAUUUUAUUGAAGAGCCUAAAAGGCUCUUUGAUAAAAAUAAGUUAUAAGCUAGCUGAUAGCUUGUGACUGAUAGUUGAUAGUUUAUAGCUGAAAAACUUGCUUAUUAAAAAUAAUGUGUUUGGUAAAAUUAGUUGUUGAA